AUGGCGGGGGAAGGCAACGGCCGCGCGGAGCUUCCCCGGAUCGCGGUGAUCGGCGCCGGCAUCUUCGCGCGCACGCAGUACAUCCCAAGGCUCCGCGAGAUCGCGCACCUCGUCGUCCUCAAGGCCAUCUGGAGCCGCACCCAGGAAUCUGCAAAGGCGGCCGCGGAGCUUGCUCGUGACUUCGCGCCUGAUAUCGAGUGCAAGUGGGGUGAUGCGGGCCUGGAGGAGAUCAUGGGAGAUAGUUCAAUCAUCGGCGUUGCUGUUGUUCUCGCUGGGCAAGUCCAGGUUGAGCUUUCCCUAAAGAUGCUCAAGGCUGGAAAACAUGUUAUUCAAGAGAAACCUGCUUCUGGAUCAACAACAGAAGCAGAAACUGCACUGUCAAUCUACAACUCACUUCCAAACCAGUUCCCGCAUAAACCCAUUUGGGCUGUCGGUGAGAACUACAGAUUCGAACCUGCCUUUAUUGAGUCAAGCAAGCUGAUCAAUGAUAUCGGGGAUAUGAUGCACAUCCAAGUUAUCAUCGAAGGGUCAAUGAACAGUUCAAACCCAUAUUUUAAUAGCACCUGGAGACGCAAUUUUGUGGGUGGUUUCAUUCUGGACAUGGGUGUUCACUUCAUUGCAGGACUACGAAUGCUUGUAGGUUCAGAAAUCACAAGUGUAUCAUCUAUCUCCCGUCAUGUGGAUAUGACUUUGCCGCCACCAGAUAACAUAUGUUCCCUUUUCCAACUAGAAAAUGGAUGUGCUGGUGUCUUUGUGUUUGCAGUCAAUUCAAGAUCACCAAAGAUAUUAUGGCGGGUCGAUGGAACAAAAGGAACAAUUCAGGUAGAACGUGGAGUUGAUAGUGGAAAACAUGGCUACCAGGUGUUAUUCUCUGGUGAAAAUGGGCAGUGCCAGAGGACAUUUUACCCAUUCUGUGGAGUGAAUGAAGAACUGAAGACAUUUGUCCAAGACAUGUUGGCAGCUGGCAAAGAUGGAGAUCACAAAGCUGAACCCCGCAGUUCCUAUGUCGAAGGCGCCUGUGAUGUUGCUGUGCUAGAAGCCAUGUUGGAAUCUAGUGCGAAGCAAGGAGCCCCAGUUCAACUUUGCAAAGGUGACUUAUUUUUUGUGGAAAAUCAGGCUGAAUUAAGUCUUGAGAGAAUUCAUGCCUGA